AUGUCGACCAAGCGACCCACUACAACACCUGAAGAAUGGUCCAAGCGCCUCGCAGCCGUCAACGUCUCGAAAGAUGACCUGAACCUCCUCGUCGCCAACUACCUCUUCACCGAGGGCUACCUCUCCGCCGCCGAGAACUUCUCUCGCGAAGCCGGUCUCGACACGACGCGGCUAGGUACGGCAGGCGGCGCCACGUACGACCUCGAGAGUAUUCGGAACAGGAUGGAGAUUCGGAGAGCGGUGCUCAAAGGCGAGGUUGAGACGGCGCUCGAGAAGGUGGUCGACCUGGAUCUCGAGAUCCUCGACAUUGAUCCCUCGCUGCACUUUCACCUCUUGCAACAACACCUGAUCGAGCUCAUCCGCGGCCAACACAUCCCCGAAGCGCUCGCCUUUGCGCAGAACGAGCUCGCGCCUCUCGCGGAGGAACACCCCAAGUUCCUCAAGGAGCUCGAGAAGACGAUGGCGCUUCUCGCGUUCGAGCUGCCGACGCUCGUGCCGGGCGGCGUGCAGGAGGGCAAGGAGGGCGAAGCGGGUGCGGCGGCGGCGACCGCAAGUGCGGCGGCUCCCCCGGUCGUCAAGGAGAGUAAGAAGUCGAAAAAGUCAAAGGACAAGGACGCCUCGGCAGUCGACCAGCUCUCGACCAUGCCAUCGACCAUCUCGUCCCUCCUCGACCCGUCGCAGCGGUUGCGGACCGCGCGGGAACUCAAUGCGGCGAUACUGGCGGCGCAGGGGCAUGCGGCGGAACCGAAGUUGCCGCAGUUGAUGACCAUGAUGAACUGGGGCGAAGGGCUGCUGUUGGAGAAGGGUGUGGACUGGCCAAAGUGGAAUCUCCACGAGCUCAUGUCGAGCAAGCGGCCUACGCCUUCGCCCGGCGCAGCAGCGGUCUCGUCCGCUGAAGCGCCUGCGAACGGCGACGGCGACGCGGCCAUGGCCCUUUGA